AAAAGGAGCAAAUAUGGCGGAUAAACCACCACUAGUGUGUCUUGAUGACUACGAAGACUAUGCAUCAACUCAUUUAGAUCAAGUCACUCUAGGAUUCUUCAAAUCUGGCGCUGACGAAGAAAUUAGUCGUGAUGAAAAUAGAAAGGCAUUUUCAAGGUUAAAGCUAUUGCCAAGGGUGUUAAGAGAUGUUUCCAAGAGAGAUUUGUCGACAACAAUUGUUGGCAAUCCUAUACAAUUCCCAGUGUGCAUCGCGUCAAGUGCAUUUCACCGGCUUGCCUGUUCAGAUGGUGAGGCAAGCACAGCAAAAGCUGCGAAAGCGAUGAACACGUGCAUAAUGCUCAGCACAUACUCAACUACGCCGCUGGAAGACGUGGCAGCUGCUGGAUCUGGGGUGUUGAAAUGGUUCCAGUUGUAUAUCUGGAAUCCGCGGGAGGUGUCUGUUAAUUUGAUAAAAAGAGCUGAAACGACUGGGUUCAAAGCAUUGGUGCUAACAGUAGAUACCCCAGCAACAGGAAAAAGAAGGAUCGAUAUUUAUUCUGGAGGGUUUACACUUCCACCACACUUAGAAUUGGUGCAUCUUCCAGAACGAUAUAGAAUAACAUCAUCAGAUGCUGACCAAGAUUACGGUGGGCCAAAAAACCUAUUAGACACGACAUUGACUUGGGAAUGCAUCGCAUGGAUGCGAUCGGUCACCAAACUACCAAUAGUACUUAAAGGUAUUCUAAGCCCAGAAGAUGCAUUGCUAGCUGUGGAACACAAAGUAGAUGGUAUCAUAGUAUCAAACCAUGGUGGGCGACAAUUAGAUACAGUGCCAGCAACGAUUGAAAUGUUGCCGCAAAUAGUGAAAGCCGUGAAUGGGAAACUAGAAGUGUAUUUAGAUGGCGGUGUACGUAAUGGUACUGAUGUGCUAAAGGCAAUAGCAUUGGGCGCCAGGGCUGUGUUUGUUGGAAGACCAAUCAUAUAUGGUCUGGUAUAUGCGGCCAAAGAAGGAGCUACCCAGGUUCUUCAAAUUUUAAAGGACGAGUUCAGCUUAGCAAUGGCAUUAUCAGAAUUCGUUCAUGAUGGAAAUGAAUUACAUGUCACCAAGAGUAUGUUCGACAGUUGGAGGGAUAAUGGAUACAUAAUUAUCAGGUCUUUACUUUGUGACAGAGAAAUUGUAAAAUUAAAGUCCGUAUUGGAGAGUAAAACAGUGCAGGAAAAUGCAGGUGGACGAGACGACGGUAAUGGUCGUAAAACAAAGUCCUGUGUCUGGAAUCAACCAGGGGAAGAUGUAUCAGGCAUGGUUGCCAGAAGCAACAAGGUAGCUGGAACUGUUGAACAGUUACUUGGAGGAGAAAUAUACCAUUAUCACUCUAAAGUUAUCAUGAAAGAUGCAUUGGUGGGAGCAAGUUAUAGAUGGCACCAGGAUUAUGGGUAUUGGUACCAUUAUGGUUGUCUUUUUCCGGAUAUGGCGUCAGUGUUCAUCGCCGUUGACAAGGCAACCAAAGAAAAUGGAUGCCUUCAGAUUCUAUCGGGCUCGCAUAAAAUGGGAAGAAUUGAACACAUCCUAACUGGAGGUCAAGCUGGAGUAGACCCUGAGCGACUGGAUCUGAUCUUAAAAUCAGAUCGUUUUGAAAAAGUUUACCUGGAACUUGAACCUGGCGAUGCUUGUUAUUUCCACUGUAACAUACUACACAGCAGUGCCCAGAACCACAGCACACAGCGCAGAUGGGCGUUUAUAAUUGCAUAUAACCGCGCCAGUAAUGAUCCUGUCUUCAAAACGGUGGAUCCACAGUAUUCUUACUUGGAAAAGGUUCCAGAUUCGGCGAUUGUAUCUUGCACAAACUUUGAUGACCUGGAGGCAAAGGAUUUUGUAGUAACCAGUAAUUUGAAAUCUGAUUUCAAUGUCAAGGUAUCAUAGUUUUACACGCAUGGCCACGGGCAACUGUAAUUAGUCAUUAGGCGAUAAAUGCAUAAUU